UCCGCUCUCCCGCCAUGGCCCCCGCUCCUCCCCCCGCCGCCUCCUUCACGCCCGCCGAUGUCCAGCGGCGCCUGGCGGCCGGUGCCUGCUGGGUCCGUCGCGGGGCCAGCCUCUACGACCUCACCGGCUUCGUGCGGCAUCAUCCGGGGGGCGAGCAGCUGCUGCUGGCGCGGGCUGGCCAGGACAUCAGUGCCGACCUGGAUGGGCCACCUCACAGACACUCGGACAACGCCCGCCGCUGGCUGGAGCAGUACUAUGUGGGCGAACUGCGAGCGGACCCGCAGGAUCCCACAGAGAAUGGUGCUGUAGCCUCUGCAGAGACUCAGAAGACAGACCCUGCCAUUGAGCCACAGUUCAAAGUGGUGGACUGGGACAAGGACCUGGUGGACUGGCAGAAACCUCUCCUGUGGCAGGUGGGCCACUUAGGGGAAAAGUACGACGAGUGGGUUCACCAACCAGUGGCCAGGCCCAUUCGCCUCUUCCACUCAGACCUCAUCGAGGCCUUCUCCAAGACUGUCUGGUAUAGUGUCCCCAUCAUCUGGGUGCCCCUGGUGCUGUACCUCAGCUGGUCCUACUAUCGAACCCUUACCCAGGACAACAUUCGGCUCUUCGCAUCAUUCACAAGAGAUUAUUCGGUGAUGGUGCCAGAGUCCGUGUUCAUAGGCCUCUUCGUGCUGGGCAUGCUUAUCUGGACCCUUGUGGAAUACCUCAUCCACCGCUUCCUGUUCCAUAUGAAACCCCCCAGCAACAGCCAUUACCUCAUCAUGCUGCAUUUUGUCAUGCACGGCCAGCACCACAAGGCACCCUUUGAUGGCUCCCGUCUGGUCUUCCCCCCAGUGCCAGCCUCUCUAGUGAUUGCCUUCUUCUAUGUGUUCCUGCGGCUCAUCCUGCCCGAGGCCGUGGCAGGCAUCCUUUUUGCUGGGGGUCUCCUGGGCUAUGUCCUCUAUGACAUGACCCAUUACUACCUGCACUUUGGCUCGCCCCACAAGGGUUCCUACCUGUACAACAUGAAGGCCCACCACGUCAAGCAUCACUUCGAAUACCAGAAAUCAGGGUUUGGCAUCAGCACUAAACUGUGGGAUUACUUUUUCCACACCCUCAUUCCAGAGGAAGCCCACCCGAAGAUGCAGUGA